AUUUCAGCACUUCUCUGACUCACGAUGCAAAACACUCCUCAUCGAUCAAUUUUUAUCCUGAACAUGAUCCAUGGCUUGGAAAUUGAUUUAUAGAAAGCUGCAGUCACAGGAGAAAGAGGGAAAUUGUGAACAGAGAGCUUAGUGAAAAUGAUUACAUGCUCACAACUACCACCUCCCUCUUACUUUCUCUACAUGUGCACUAUAAAUUAGCUUACCCUUCAUUACUUAAAAUGACUUGGAAAAAGUAAUAUUUGAUUUCUUCCCUGAUGGCUCAGUUGAUUACAAAUCUGAGACUUUCAUAAUCAAUAGUCAUUUAUUAAUUUCUGUAAUAUUAAGAUAGGCUACUGAUUUUUAAAUAGUAUGUCAUAUGCUUUAUUUGAUAGAUGGGAAACGGAGAUAUAUUAAAGGAAGACAAAAUGUGUAGAUUCAGGAAAUGAACCCUGGUGUGAUUGAAUAUAUCUGCAAAUAGCCAUGAAUGUUUCCACUCAACUUGAGGGGCUGUGUAUUUUUAGUAGGACUUUGGAUGUUGCAUUAAGUAAAUAUUGCCUGAUGAACACUGGGCAAUGAGGGCAUGGCCCUCCCACAGGUCACUGUGGCAUGAGGAAAUACCUGAAUAACAGGGAGACAAAAUCCCUAACAUGGCAACGACCAGUGUGUGUGGGGGAGAAGAGGGAGGAGAGAGUGCUUUCUUAAUAAAGACACUUGUCACAACCAUUGGAUUUACCAUCCAUUUGCCUUUAGUUUGAACAACUGCCUGCUGCUAAUCCCAAUACUGAGCUGGACAUGGCAUUCAAUGGAAAAUGGAAAAUCCACAGUCAGGAGAACCAUGAAGAGUUUCUUAAAGCAAUGGCUGUCCCUGAGAUGUUGAUCAAAAUGAUCAAGGGUGUCAAGCCAACGACAAUAAUUGAGCAGAAGGGCGACGACUUCACCAUCAGAGUUGAGACUCCCCUCCGUACUGUCACCAACUCAUUCACUAUAGGGAAGGAGGCAGAAAUCACUGCCAUGGAUGGGAGAAAGUUUAAGUGUACUGCCAGACUGGAGGAUGGGAAGCUCAUCUGCGACACAGAGAAGUUCUCCCACAUCCGAGAAAUCCAAGGGGAAAACAUGGUUGAGACUAUCACUGCGGCCUCAACAACCCUCACCAGGAUAAGCAAGAGAGUCUGAUCUCUAAAGCCACAGAGACAAGGAUUACAUGUUCAAUUAAUUAAUUUAAAUGGCCUUUUAUUUCAGGUAAUAUAAUAGCUAUAAAAUAUUACAUUAAAAUGACAAAUGACAAAUGACUCGACAUUGCAUCUGCUCAUUUUAUGUCUAAUUUGGACACAUGCAUUUUAAAGGCCCCAAAGCAAAUGUACUUCCCUAACAAAACCAAUACAAAAUGGAUGGCUUUUCCUGA